AUGAGUGGGUUAGAUUCCGCUAAAGAUGAAUACACAACUUGGGAUUUAUUUGUUGUUCAUGUUUUAAGGGUAACCUUAAAUUUCACUAUUUUUACUUAUAUGCGUUUAUUGGAUAUUCAUACCCUUAUAAUCAAUACUUGGGAAUUGAUGUCCAUUGUCUUGUUUGAUUUGAAUUAUAAAAUAUCAAGCCAUAAACGAGAUCCAGUAAAACACUAUUAUCAGACAAUUAUUGAUGAAUCGAUUUUUUACUGGGAAACGUUGCUAUACAUUCCUUGGUUAUUUUGGAAGGUUUUCAAUCCAAGAACGGGAACACCAGUAGGAUUGUCCAGAUGCAGAGAGUAUAUUCCCAAAUUAAACACACCAAAAUCGGUAGCAUUGAUUUUACAAAUUAAUCAGCCUAUGUUCCACUCACCACCAGAAAUUCCACAACCCUAUUUGGAUGCCGAUAGAAAAAUUAGAAUACCUGAGAAGAAGGAAGUCCAAUACGUAAUUGCCAUAAGAAAUGAAUACUUUACCCAAUGCAAGUCCCAUAUGGCAGCUGAAAGAGUUCGGGUUUUGCGAGAGAUUGGGAGGUUUAUCACCUGGUGUUGCUUGGUUCCAACAAUAACUGAAAUAUCGAUCUAUGAAAAAAUGGGAGCUUGUUGGGACGGCGAUAGUAGUUUUAUUGACUCAAUAAAAAAUUCAAUUUUGGUAGAAUUGGUGGCUUUGGCUAACACUUGUGACCCAGCAGAGUUGAAACAGUUUAGAAAAGUUCUACCUCAAAUUGUACUAUUAGACAAGUAUACCAAGGCGACUUAUGUAGUCAAUGAUGAGGAUUCUAAUAUACCCAACAUCAAUACAGAUGUGACUGUUGAUGAUAUAUUAAGUGCUUACGAAGAUCACAAAAAAUUGGUGGUGACAUUGUGUGAUUACCGAGUUAAAACCGCCAACUACGAAGUGUUGGCCAGUAAAGUUGUUGAAAAUAAUCUUCAACCUGAUGAUCCUAUUUUUACAGAACAGAUCCCAACCUCACCAGAUCUUGUUUUUGCUCCAUCCAACGAGGGACAUCAGAUAACUAGAUUAUGUGGUUAUACGAGCAUAGAUCCCAACACCGAAGCCAAGGUGAAAUCAGUUUUGUACUUUUCCCACAUAAAGUUUGGAUAUCCUUUUUUCUCGCGUGCCAUGUAUCAUUAUGCUUUGGAAUUUCCAUUCAAGCUUUUAGAAGAAGUACCUGAGCCUGAAGAAGAAGAACAUCCUACUAUGAUCCCACCAUCUCAAGAUAUUGCUAAAAUCUUUAAGAAAAUCAGUACUUCCACAUUAAAGCAAAAUGCUAUUACAAAUAGAAUUUCUCGUGUGCCUAGUCCGCAAUCAUUAAUAGCAAAGAGUUUGGCAUAG